GGCGGAUCUAGAGAUUUUUUGCCUGGGGUGGCGAAGGGGUGGCGUGAGGUUCAAGGAGGGGGGCAAUGUUAUUCAAAACUCGGAUUUCAUCGAAUGUAUUUUGUUCUCUACCGUUUGAGGUUUCCAGCCCCCUCCCCAGGCCCACAUUCACCCAUCAUCUGUCAUGGAGGUGAACGGCACAGCAAACAUCUUGGGCUCUGCCUACCUUGCAGUGGAGUAUGUGGAUGGGAUGUUACCAGGAAACCCCUUCCAGCCCCCACUGAAAUAUGCCUGGUGCUAUAUGAUGGACAACUACACCAAGUUCCAGAUUGCCACCUGGGGAUCCCUUAUUGUCCACGAGUUUAUCUACUUCCUUUUCUGCCUCCCUGGUUUCCUGUUCCAGUUCAUGCCAUUCAUGCAGAAGUACAAGAUCCAGCCGGAAAAGCCAGAGACAUGGGAGAGACAAUGGAAGUGUUUCAAGCUGCUCAUGUUCAACCAUUUCGUAAUUGAGCUGCCUUUGAUCUGUGGGACAUACUACUUCACUGAAUUCUUCAACAUCCCCUAUGACUGGGACUCCAUGCCCCGCUGGCCCUACCUGCUGGCCCAGUGCUUUGGCUGUGCUGUUGUUGAGGAUACCUGGCACUACUUCCUCCAUCGCCUGUUGCACCACCGCAGGAUCUAUAAGUACAUCCACAAGGUCCACCAUGAGUUCACUGCUCCGUUUGGCAUGCAGGCGGAGUACGCCCAUCCUGCUGAGACACUUAUUCUGGGUGCUGGUUUCUUCAUCGGCAUUAUGAUCUUCUGCAACCACGUCUCGUUGCUAUGGGCUUGGGUGGCGUUCCGUCUGCUGGAGACCAUUGAUGUCCACAGCGGUUAUGACAUCCCGCUGAACCCACUUCACCUCAUCCCAUUCUACGCUGGUGCUCGUUUCCAUGACUUCCAUCAUAUGAACUUUGUCGGGAACUACGCCUCCACGUUUACCUGGUGGGACAAAGUGCUGGCGACGGACAGCCAAUACAACAAGCACCUCUCCAAACAGGAAGACAAGAAGGAGCAGUAAAACACCCGCCCACACACCGGCUCUUGUCCCCCACCUGGUUUGGCAAGAAGUUGGGACAGGAAGUGGGACAUUUAAGGACACGUGGUGAAAACUGUGUGCUUCUUUCUUUCUCUCAGUGUACUUAACAACACACA